ACGACCUCGAAACGACCAAGACAGGCGGAUGGCAUGACCGACAUCGUGCUUUCUCCGCGCCACAUUUCGCUGUCGCGCGUGGUCGUUGAAAAGACCGAAGGCCGACUACUGGCGCGGAGUACGUACUGGGAGAUCUACGAGGCGACCUAUGGUGCGACGACGGUCGCCGCGCUUUGUUACCGCCAGUCCAGUCGCCGCGACACGCUUUGGGCCGCCACGGUCCACUACAUCGACCGCCUUCUCGCCGCCGUCCACCCCAAUGUGCUACAGGUGAUCGGUCUCGUCUACGACUUGUCAGCGCAUCGACGCGACGCGCUGCCCGAGUGGCUUCUAGUCGAGAAGACCUCGAUGAGUCUCUUUGACGCAUUACACACGCACAAGAUUGUCUUUAGUGAUGCUGACGUGAUCACCAUCGCGAUCCAAGUCGUCCAAGCGAUUGCGUUCUGCAACGGCGUCGGACUCCGUCAUCUUACGAGUCGAAAAGUGCUCAUGCUGGACAUUUCGGUGCCAAAAAUCAAAAUUGGAGGCCUCUUUCAGCGCGAUAUUCUCGAAAUGGCCAACGCACCGACCGGCGCGACACCGUAUGAGCCCCCGGCGACGGCGUCGGCCAUCAACGCCGACAUGUACGCCUUUGGCGUCCUUCUCUGGGAACUCUGUACAAGCGAGAAGCCGACCGUCGAGCUCUUCCACUGUACGGCCCAGGUGCGCGUUGCCCGACCGCACUUGGAGCUGGCCGAAAGUCUCAUUCGCGCAUGCACGCACGAGGACGCGGGAAGUCGUCCGUCGGCCACCGAGGUUCUCGCCGAGCUUGUCGACUUUCAGGCGCGUCGCGCGUCGCAGCCACCAGAGAUGUGCUGCCCGCCGCCGCCAUCGAAUGUUGUGCUGCAUCAAACGCUCCAGCGCCUCGCGGCCGUCGAGAGCCAAGUGCUCGACGAGCAGCGCAAUUUUGACGUGGUCGUCGGCCAACUCGAGUUUGCCAACGCCGAAAUCGCAUCGCUACAAGCUCUAUUGAGUGUCAAGGCGGACGGGCUCGGGGCGCUCGAAACAGCACACGCCCGAGCCCGCGCGCGCGUCGCGGACCUUGAAGCCAUAGAGGCUCCGCUGGAAACGCAGCUCGCCGCCGCGACACAGCGCGUGCGUGAGCUCGAGCACGAAACGCAGCGGCUGGAGCAUCAGACGGCGCAUCAAAGAGAGCAAGCGGCCAAGACACGCCUUGACGUGGAGAGCGUGAUCUUCGAGAAACAGCAGCUGCGACAACUCGUGCAGACGCUGGAAGUCAACUUGCGUGACGCAGAGACUACCUUGGCGCAAGAGAAGGAUGUGAGCGACGAGCUCAAUGUGCGCUGGCAACAAACGAUCAAGCACUGCCAGCAUGAACAGCUCCAGCGAGAAAAGGUCGAGCGACAACUGACGCAACUCCGGCUGGACAACAAGGAAGCCGUGGAUCAGCUCCGCGAUUGGCAUCCCGACACGGGUGUGCUCGCCAAACAACGUCAAGCUACUAUGGACGAUCAAGUGCUCGACCACUUACAUCGCAUCCAGGCGCUUAGCCGAGAGAUGGUCGCUCUCAAGGUCGACAUGACCGCGCUGCAAGACGAGCUCGUCGCGAGCCGCGCGCGCGAACACGCACUCGAUAUUCGCGUCGUUGACCUGCAGUGUGCAUUAACGCUGGCCGAGGCGGCGACAGCAACAGCGAAUGCAGCAAGCACCGACUGGGCCGACCGGUUCGCGCAGCAAGCCGACGACCUCCAAGCGAGCCUCGACGCCUACAAAGACCUGCAGCGCGCACACGCCGACGUGCAGCACCAGCUCUCGCGCGAACUGCAGCAACGCCACGACGAAGAAAUGGCCCGAAAAGCGCGCCGAUGUUUGGACUUGAACUGCGACGCCCCGCCUUUCUUGAUCCAGUCGUCGGGCUAUUGCAAGGACCACCAUGAAAAGCGAGAGCGCGCGAAGGCCGAGAAGUUGCGGCAGCUCGAAGAAGUGCAGCGUCAAAAGCCGCCCGACGAUGUCGCCGCCGAUGCAUUUGCGCUUGGCGGCGUACAACAGCUCGUCAGCGUCGUGGAAACGUUCCAGAAAAGCGCUGCGAUCGUCGCCGCAGUCCUCAAGAAACUGCAUGUGCUCUGCGAAGCACAUGUCACCCACAAGAACGAACUUGGCGAUUUCGGGGGGUUCCCGGCGCUCGUUCGCGUCGCACAGCACCAGAGUACGCUCGAGGUAACGCAGCUUGCGCUCGCACGGUUGUUUGGCGUCGCAGCCUUCAACCACGACGUCAACCGCAUUCGACUCGUGAGCGAAGGCGCACUCGACUCGCUAUUGCUGGCGAUGACAGGCUUUACACACAGCGUAUCGCUUCAGAAAAGCAGCUGCACGACGCUGACCAACUUGGCACACAACUGCGAGGGGAACCGCCGAAAGAUACUAGAAAAAGGCGGCCUUGAGCGUAUUUUGGACGCGAUGCAAGCGUUCCCAAAGGAGCCAUCGUUGCAGGAGAGUGCGUGCUGGGCCCUCAUCAGCCUCGCGGGUUCGGAUUAUAUGUGCGAACACAUUGCCGCGCGUGGUGGCGUUGGCGCGAUUUUGGCGGCGAUGCUCAACUGCCCAAGCGUCGCGUCGGUGCAAUAUUACGGCGUGUGGGCGCUACUGAACGUCGUCUCGGGCGUCGAGACGCUGCAAGAAUUUGCAACCCAAGAAGGGGCUAUCGAGGUGUGCGAGGCCGCCAUAGCAUGCUUUCCCGAGCACGCUGGCAUCCAAGACAAGGCGCAAUGCGUCCUGGACAUGCUCACCGACAAUCAAGAGUUGUGUGCUACCGACGCCGUGUUGCCUGAUAAAUAACCGUUAUGGAAGAUAAUGUCAUGUCGCGUUGCCCAGUGUACA